AUGGCCUGGCAAGUCGUCGUCAGUCGUCGUUUUCUGGUUUUUCUUCUUAACCAAGUUUUCUCUUUUUUUAUUUUUUUUAUUUUUUAUUUCUUUAAUAAAAAGAAAUACCAAACGCAGAACUCAACAAACAAAAAAAGCACAAUCAAAGGUAUUGGAACAUAUUACAGAGCACAGCCCAGAAAGAAAACUAGAAUCAUGGAUAACGGUGUUGGUCACGACCUGUCACAGCUUCUCUCCUCAGAGGAAAGGGACUUCCUCAUCCGCAAAAACGGUGAUGAGGUUAAAGUGAGUAGUUUGGCGGGGAAAAUUGUGGGUUUGUAUUUUUCUGCAUCAUGGUGUGGUCCAUGUCGCCGUUUCACUCCAAAACUGAUAGAACUCUACGAAGAAGUAGCUUCAAAAGGCAAUUUUGAAGUGGUUUUCAUCUCCUCGGACAGAGAUGAUGAAUCAUUCAAAAACUACUUGUCUGAAAUGCCAUGGCUAGCCAUCCCAUUUUCUGAUUUGGACACCCGGAAACGCCUGAAGGAGUUGUUCAAGGUCAGGGGGAUUCCUAAUCUUGUGAUUUUUGAUGAGAAUGGGCACGUUUCGACUGAGAAAGGUACCAGAAUUGUGACAGAAUAUGGGGUAGAUGCCUACCCUUUUACCCCGGAAAGGAUCAAUUUCCUUAAAGAACAAGAAGAGGCAGCCAAGCAGAAUCAAACUUUGAGCUCUAUCUUGGUUUCUAGCUCCCGGGACUAUUUGAUUUCAAAUGAUGGGAAACAGGUUCCUGUGUCUGAGCUCGAGGGCAAAUUGGUUGGCCUCUAUUUCUCAAUGAAUUCUCAUGGUGGAUGCAUUGAAUUUACUCCAAAACUUGUAGAGGCUUACAAGAAACUCAAGGAGACAGGACAGGGACAGGAUUUUGAGAUUGUCUUAAUAUCUCUAGACCAUAAAGAUGAACAGUUUAAAGAAGGAUUUGAGAAGAUGCCAUGGUUGGCAUUGCCAUUUAACGACAAGAGCAUCGAAAGACUUGUACGUUACUUUGAGCUUCAGAACCUUCCUACACUAGUUAUAAUAGGACCGGAUGGGAAGACUUUGAACCCUGAUGUGUCUGAACUCAUUGAAGAGCAUGGCGUUGGUGCCUAUCCAUUUAGUCCUGAGAAGCUUGCUGAGCUUGCUGAGAUAGAGAAAGCAAAACUUGAAGCACAGACAUUGGAGUCCCUUUUGGUUUUUGAGGAUAAAGAUUACGUAAUCGAGAAAAAUGGUUCCAAGGUACCGGUAUCUGAACUUGUUGGAAAGACCAUUUUGCUGUAUUUCUCAGCUCACUGGUGCCCUCCAUGUCGUGCAUUCCUGCCUAAGCUUAUUACAACAUAUCAUGAUAUCAAGGCCAAAGACAAAGCAUUCGAAGUUAUUUUCAUCUCAAGUGAUCGUGAUCAGUCUGCCUUUGAUGAAUUCUUUUCCAGCAUGCCUUGGUUAGCCCUUCCGUUUGGUGAUGUGAGGAAGAAAUCCCUACAGCGCACAUUCAAAGUCCAAGGCAUUCCUGCAGCAAUAGCCAUUGGCCCCUCAGGCCGGACACUGACCUCGAAUGCCCGAAAGCUCAUAGGUGCUUACGGGGAGGAUGCUUACCCAUUCACUGAAGAACAUUUGAAGCAUUUGGAGAAAAAGGUGGAGGAAAUGGCGAAGGGGUGGCCUGAGAAAGUGAAACAUGAGUCCCAUGUUGAACAUGAGCUUGUUCUAACUCGCCGCCCUGCAUAUGGUUGCAACGGGUGUAGGGAGCCAGGUUAUGAUUGGUCUUUCUAUUGUAAGGAGUGUGACUUUGAUCUCCACCCAAAGUGUGCUUUGAAGAACAAUGAAGAAGCCAAGAAUGAGCCAAAAGCAAAUGAUGGAUAUGUUUGUGAUGGUUAUGUUUGCCGUAAAGCUUGAUAAAGCCUUUAAAUUAUGCUGUGAAUCUAGUUAGGAGUUUUUACGUGUCCUAAAGUGUGUUGUUUGUGGUUGUGAUGCUAAGAAUAAAACAAUUUGUGUGUAUGGGAUGUUAGCAGUUCAUGGUUGUGUUUUGUAUCUAAGUAUUAUGCUAAAUACGCUGGAUGAAUCUGAAGAGAUAGAUAGCUACUAUCUAUCUUUGUUCUGUUUAUUAUGAGCAAUAAGAUAUGGUUUCUUGGAUUUCCA